AUGCUCGCACGACCAGGAGGUACUCGAGUCUGUCCGGCCAUUGGUCGGCGCGUGCAGGCCUACUUGUCGGCGCUGGCCACCGAGACGAACGCGACGCUCGGAGCUGCGUGCGAUGCGAAGGAGGCGACCCCGUCGGUGGCUGGAUCGGAUGUGGGCAGCGAGCUGCGGUGCGAGGAGACGAACGCGACGCUCGGAGCUGCGUGCGAUGCGAAGGAGGCGACCCCGUCGGUGGCUGGAUCGGAUGUGGGCAGUACGUGUCGAAAUGGUCGGUCGAUCAAUGGUGGCGAUAGGAUGAACGCGCUCGCGUUGCGUGUGGCAGCUCUCGGUGCCGUGCUGACCCGCUGCUACAUCCCAUCCACGGAUCCAACCAUGCUCGCACGACCAGGAGGUACUCGAGUCUGUCCGGCCAUUGGUCGGCGCGUGCAGGCCUACUUGUCGGCGCUGGCCACCACGAACGCGACGCUCGGAGCUGCGUGCGAUGCGAAGGAGGCGACCCCGUCGGUGGCUGGAUCGGAUGUGGGCAGUACGUGUCGAAAUGGUCGGUCGAUCAAUGGUGGCGAUAGGAUGAACGCGCUCGCGUUGCGUGUGGCAGCUCUCGGUGCCGUGCUGACCCGCUGCUACAUCCCAUCCACGGAUCCAACCAUGCUCGCACGACCAGGAGGUACUCGAGUCUGUCCGGCCAUUGGUCGGCGCGUGCAGGCCUACUUGUCGGCGCUGGCGACCACGAACGCGACGCUCGGAGCUGCGUGCGAUGCGAAGGAGGCGACCCCGUCGGUGGCUGGAUCGGAUGUGGGCAGUACGUGUCGAAAUGGUCGGUCGAUCAAUGGUGGCGAUAGGAUGAACGCGCUCGCGUUGCGUGUGGCAGCUCUCGGUGCCGUGCUGACCCGCUGCUACAUCCCAUCCACGGAUCCAACCAUGCUCGCACGACCAGGAGGUACUCGAGUCUGUCCGGCCAUUGGUCGGCGCGUGCAGGCCUACUUGUCGGCGCUGGCCACCACGAACGCGACGCUCGGAGCUGCGUGCGAUGCGAAGGAGGCGACCCCGUCGGUGGCUGGAUCGGAUGUGGGCAGUACGUGUCGAAAUGGUCGGUCGAUCAAUGGUGGCGAUAGGAUGAACGCGCUCGCGUUGCGUGUGGCAGCUCUCGGUGCCGUGCUGACCCGCUGCUACAUCCCAUCCACGGAUCCAACCAUGCUCGCACGACCAGGAGGUACUCGAGUCUGUCCGGCCAUUGGUCGGCGCGUGCAGGCCUACUUGUCGGCGCUGGCCACCACGAACGCGACGCUCGGAGCUGCGUGCGAUGCGAAGGAGGCGACCCCGUCGGUGGCUGGAUCGGAUCGUGCGUAG